AUGACACAGUUGCAGAAACGAUACUUGACUAGUCAGCAGAAGUGUGGUUCUGUAAGAUGGUGUGGACUUCCAUUGUUUUUUACAACUCUUCAUCAUGAACAG